GCAGGUUAGUUCUAGUGUGAACGGCGGUUUGGUGUUAGCCGAGUUGACGCUUGCUUCAGGUUUACACACAAGAUUAACCGCUUUUAUGAAUUCGCUUCGUGUCACAUAAUUUCACUUACUUUAUUGUUGCCUUGGUCAGUUUUUAAAAUGCCUCCCCGGGCCGAUUUUCGGCUUUACGAGGCGAAGUUUUUGUUUGUGCUUCUGGUCGUGAGUGCAGGACGAGUCUCGGGGAUUCAGGAGGAAAACAAAUUAGCUGAAGUGCAGCAGCCCGCUGAGAAAGCUCCAACCGGCCAACCUGCAGCUCCAGUCAUCAGUCCAGACGAGCCGAGUAAAGGCAACCUGGGAUUUAUCCAUGCGUUUGUGGCAGCAAUUUCGGUCAUCAUCGUCUCCGAGCUGGGAGAUAAGACUUUCUUCAUUGCCGCUAUCAUGGCCAUGCGAUAUAACCGUCUCACUGUUUUAGCAGGGGCCAUGCUAGCUCUAGGUCUUAUGACCUGCCUGUCAGUACUCUUUGGUUACGCCACCACCAUUAUCCCACGGAUCUACACUUACUACAUCUCCACCGCACUGUUUGCCAUCUUUGGUGUAAGGAUGCUGAGAGAGGGGCUGAGGAUGAGUGCUGAUGAAGGCCAGGAGGAGCUUGAAGAGGUGCAGGCUGAGAUUAAGAAGAAAGAUGAGGAGCUUCAGCGUUAUAAACUGGCCAACGGGGCUCCUGACGUAGAGGCAGGUUCGGCGGCGGCCGCGUCGCCUCAGAGGAAGUGGCACAAUUUUAUCUCGCCCAUCUUCAUCCAAGCACUCUCACUCACUUUCCUUGCCGAGUGGGGGGACCGCUCUCAGCUCGCUACCAUCGUCCUGGCUGCACGGGAGGAUCCUUUUGGUGUGGCGGUGGGAGGAACUCUGGGGCAUUGCCUCUGUACAGGUUUGGCUGUGGUUGGUGGAAGGAUGGUGGCUCAGAAGAUAUCCGUCAGGACAGUUACGAUCAUCGGUGGAAUCGUGUUCCUCGCCUUCGCUUUCUCGGCCCUCUUCAUCAAGCCGGAUACCGGAUUCUGAUAAAAGGACAUGUUUUCUGGGCUCAGUCUGUAAAUACUGGCUCUGAAAUGCUGUAUCCACAGAGGCGGACUGUAAACAAAGGCCACCCCACUGCUGACUGCUGGCCUGUGUGUGUAUGAGAAAGCAAAGUGUUACUGUAUAGACCCAGUCACAACUGCUGCAUUAGUUUUUAUUUCUUUAGUCUUUUUUUUUUUUUCCUUAAUCAUGUGAAGGGUGUCAUUUAAAUAACAAAUUAAUUUCCUUUACUUCUGUCCUUUAUCCCGUUCCUUGUUUCUUAUUCCGUACGGUUUUCUUCCCUUCUCCUUUAUCGUGACCGUAACCCCUGCAGCCAGUGAGCACCAGCCUCACAGUGCAAAUCACUAAUGAGCACAUGCAAGGAAAAAUGUCCUCAGUUUUAGAUCAUUACUUAUGUACAUCGUUGUACAUCAGCGUGUCCUUUCACUCCUGGGAUGAUGCCUAUUUGUAGCAAAAUUCAGUGAGUAAUCUCGCAAGUGUAAGAUUUCUUAAGGACCGUGGUACAAUUUGGCAAUAAACGCAAGAGCCACCUACUUCCGAUGAAUGUGUGUCAAGCAAAAUUCUUUUAAUAACUUGGACUGCGUUAGAUCUCGGUCUGGAAACUUCAGGGUCGUGGUGUUAGUUUUUCCGUUCCAACUCGAGCACAAACGGCGUGCAGAAAGAUCAGAAAAUCGGUACUCAACUUCCAAGAUCCUGAUCGACACAGAGGGAAGAGUGUAUAUUAAAGAAAUCCCAGACGGCCUGAUGGUACACGUCCCUUUCUUGUUAAGCGAUUUGAGUGUUGAAACACUAGUGCAAAUCUAACGAGGCAAACAUUUAAGCUCUCUUAAAAGCCUUUUUAGUAAAUAAAUCACUUUUUAUGUUUUUAUUCAUCGUUUGAGCAGUGUGUGUGUGCGCGCAUAUGUUUUUCUGGGUUAUCUACAGUUCAAGGUGACUUAUUUCUUUGUCAAUAUUUGACUGGAUUUAUUCAUCUGUAAAGGGCAAAUAAGUUCACUAUUCAUUGAGAGUUCACUGUAUAAAUUGCUGUAAAUAAUAAAUUAAACUGUCGGUA